AUGGAGCAGGACACCGACUACAUGAAUAUGAGACACAUCAAAAACAACACGACACCUCCCAGUGAACGUGAAACUGGACAGGAAACAGCUGGAGGAAGAAUAUCAAUAACUUCAACACAUCUUGGCAUCGCCUGCCUCAUUGUCUUAAUCAUCAGUUUGGCUAUUGCAAUAGGGCUGAGGGUCCAAGGUCUACAGAUGAACAAGGAGUGCGGUUGUUCUGUCCCUCUGAACCGGACCUUGACCUUUGCCCUGUGGAAACUGACAGAGCUGGAUGGAAAGUUGCAGAAAUUGUCCGAGGCUGUGCUUUCCCUCUGCUCAAUCCUCGGAAACUAUUCAGAGUCUCUCUGUCCGAGCGGCUGGAAAAUUCAUAAUCAACAUUGUUAUAGAUUCUCAACGGAUACAGUAAACUGGGACUCGGCAAAACAACAAUGUGAAUCCCAAACUUCACACCUCAUCAUCAUAAAUACAGAACAGGAACAGAACUUCAUAAAGAAAUCUCUCGAGAGCAAUCCUGGGGACUACUGGAUCGGACUAACAGAUCGAGAGAGUGAAGGAAACUGGAAAUGGGUGGAUGGGACCCCAGUGAGUUUUACUCAGUGGUAUCAGGGUAAGCCGAAUAAUUGGAAAGGUAAUGAAAACUGCGCCCUUAUCAGAACCAGCGGAUGGAAUGAUUACAUUUGUUCUGAUCACUUCCCUUUCAUCUGUGAGAAAAGGGCACUGACCUGCGUCGAGGCAGCUGAUAUCGAGAAAUAUUGUUCCUGA